CACCAUUUUUCUCUUAAAAUGAACCCUGCUUUUUAUUAUCAAUAUACAUAUUAUUUCUAUGUCAUUAAAUAUUCUUCUGCGACAAAAAAAGAAAGAAAGAAAUACAGGGCUCCCAUUGGAAACUGUGAUGACCAGAUGGCGUGAAAGGAGAUACGGUGCGUGUCCAGUUUCCAAGGUGCUCUAAGGUGUGCUCUGUAGGUUUCUGAACUAGGUGGCUUACCAGAAAGAGUGUAGAGUUUGUAACUAUAAAGACACUAAGCCAGUAAAAUCCUUCUCCUUUCUUGCUCCCACGAUGCUUGUGAUCUCUGGGUAAUGUCGGUGUUUCUGCAGGCAAAUAAACUGGGCACAUUGCAGAAUAGAGUAUCUCCUGUUGGUGUAAUGGAUUGAGAAGGAUACUUUAUAUCAUCCUAUUAAUGAUACUUAUCCAAAUACUUUUAACAUUUCUAAUUAAUUGCAGAUAUUCAACAAACAUUGGCAGUGUUGGGGAAAUAACCAGCUUCCCUGCUUGGAAUCCAGUAUAGCCGUUGCCAAGGUGUUAAAUUUACAAGAUUAAUUUCAUCCCAACCUGAAAUACAACUCCAUUAAUUUCAUCUGUAAGGGAAGAAACAGCUUUAUGCUUUUUAUUUCUUUUUUUUUUUUUUUAAUAAGUAGGAAAAACAAACAUAUACGAACAGCAUUGGAGAGGACCUUUUAAAAUGAGCUAUUCCUCCUUACCAGAUAAGGAGGAAUAUGAAGAUAGACAAAUAUGCAAGUCACCUUUAUAUACCAUUUAAAAUGGUACCUUCCUCAGAAAUAAAUUCUAAAAUGAGGUUGUUUGGAGUUGUGGGUAGAGCAGUGGCUUCCUGCUUUACUUACAAUAAACAGGAGGAACAGUGAGGCUAAUUCAGAUUCCAUUAAGAGUCAGUCUUCCCUUUGGUGGUAUGUCCCUAACUGGGUUCCUCAGCAUAUUAUUUAACAUGACGAACUUCCAAAUAGUUGUGCUCAUUUGCAUCAGGGAAGAGGGAUGUUCACAUUUUAUAAAAUCUGACCAGAGUCCCAGUUGUUUUACCUUUAAAAAAAAAGAAGCCCCUAAAGCAAGACAAAUUGAACAUUGUAUUCAAAGUAGAACACUAACAUUUUCAUCAUAGUCCUGAUCAUGCAUUAUCUCUUAAGAUGUACCAAUAGUGCUAGAAUAAAAUACAGUAAGUAGGCAAGAUGGUUACUCUGGAAGAGACUGCUCAUUUUUCUGAGGGUGAACAUUGAGUAUCACUCUCAGUUUGGGUGCAUGUUUCCAUUCAAAGCCUUGAGCUAAUUCCGAAUGUACCAAUAUGUUAACAACCAAACUGCCCUCAUUUGGCAGCCAUAAUAAUUUGAUGUGCCCAGCGUAUGAAUUGCAUUGUUCACAAGAAAAAAACACUGUACCUAUAGCAAAUAAUUUCCCUUAGGUUGUACCUUUAUGUCUUCAGUGGUGUCUACUUUUAAUAAGAAAAUUGUUUUUAAGCAUGCUGGCGAAACCUGUGUAGCACCUUGUUUUGCUGGACUUUACCCUUGAAUGUCAAAACACCUGCAUAUCUUUUUGAGUUUUCACAGGAUUUUCACCUCUUCAGAAGUCUGUAAGCCAUAUUUCUGCUGGCUUUGCUCUCUGUUCAGUAAUGUGUCUCCCUAAUGACUCCACUGUCAGUGUGUAAUUCAGACAAUAUUGGCCCAGCUAAGCACAGAACUCUGCAUCAGGGAUCCCCGCUCUGGAUCAGAUUUCAGCCUGAAUUCUUUCAUUUAACCCUGAGCCACUUCAUUUGGACUCCACUGAACACACUGCAUUAUUACCAUGCCAGUUGUCUAGUAUUGCUGCUAUGCAUUAGUCCUUACCGUCUUCAAAGAGUGCAUCAUGAUUCUGGUUGUACCUCAGAUUGUUCUCACUUUCCAUCUUUAGCUUAACACCUUUGCAGUCCAGGUAUUGGAGCAUAUACCUACAAAGACAUGGUCUCCAAGUACUGAGACACUAUUUCCUAAACCUUUCCAUAUGACCUAAAGAAGAACAAAGUAGAAUGAAUGUAUCUACAUGAAAAGCUCUGCAAAGGGUGUUCCCCAUAUAUUUGUGAAGAGUAUUAGGCAUGGAGCCUCUUUGGUGAAAGUCAUUGAGGAUUGGCUUAUCAGAAAUAACCUGGCUGUAGACAAGUUUCCUAUAUGGAUUGAGAUGAUUUCUACUUAUAAUCCACAGAGCCUUAAUUCCGUUGAUAACUGCUUACUCCUUGGAUAUGAGACAGCCCUAGCUCUAGGUGGGCCUCACAAAGAUUCCAGGCUGUGAUCACCUCUGCAUUAGCACUUGAAGAAGAGUCAUCAGUUCUUAGCAAGUACCACCUCUACCAACAGGAAGGUCACAUUUGUGCUUGAGAAAAUCAUCAGCAUGCCUCCCAGGGAGAAGCACGAGCACUUAUCAAAAUUUGGAUCUGUGAAGGUGAUAUCUCAUUGCACCCAUGUCGUACCUGCUUCUAAUGGCAAAAUUCUGUCUCUGUUUCUGAUGGUAGCAUGGAGUCAUAGUCAGGGAUCAACAUCACAUAGCAGCCAGCUAUUCAGAUUAUGGACAGACUCUAUGACAGAAGUUUGAGGAGCUGGUGAAGGAUUUUUUUCAGAGGCGAAAAAGGUUAGCCCUCGCAAGGAAAUUACUCUGGUGAAUAGAAAGGAAGAAAGACCUCUGCAGAAGAGAAAGAAAAAGAAAGGGCCUUUCUCCCUGACCUGUACAGCCAAGGCCAGAGAACACCAUCCUGGAUGUGAAAUUUCAGUCUCUAGUCAAAGAGAAGCUUAAAGUCCAUCAAGAUCCUCCAAGAUGAUCGUCUUACCAGUUUUACUCUGUAGGCUCACAAAUGCCUAGUGAUCUACACACCCCCUUUUAUCCCCAGGAAGAGAAGCAGUUCUACUGAAAGCACGUCAUUUGCCAUCCGGGCUAUGGUUUUUCCCCUGACCCAUCUCCCUGUAUAUCUCAAAUGUUUCCAGGUGAUGUGACUGUAUUUCUCUCAAGGCAAAGAACAUUUAUCUUAGUUUCCCUCCUGCUGAAUAGCUGAGGAAUUUACAGCAGAGUUUUAGUUGCAUUUGCUUUCAGUUUGUGGACUUGAGUGCUGCAAUUUAUUUAACUAUUCAGUUUCUUUUUAGCCUCUAGUGACCUGGUACCUAAGGGUAUUACCGCAUCUGGUCUCCUUUAGUAAAACACCUCUGGUGUCAUGGGAUGAUUAUUAUGAUCCAGAAACCUGUUUCUAACCCCCUUGUUACCUGAGGUCAAGCCUCUUAUGCUUUGUCCUUGUGGCACUCUGAGCCCUACACAGUGUACUACUCUUUUGUUAGCUGUGUUUUUGUUUUGAGAAAGAUGUUGGGGCCAGCAGCAGGAGCCCUUUUGUUCUGGGGAAUUCUUUGUUUGGGUCUUAAAAGUGACCCUAAAAGGUUUUUUGUUUUGUUUUUGUCUCCAGAUGAGCAGCAGUCUGCCAUACUGUUCAUCUUUAGGAGAAAGGAAAAAAGCCUUGCCUUUUCAUUUUAGAUAGUUAUCUUCUCUGUCCCUACUUCCACUACUCCUUUGGUUCUUUUCUCCCUUGUGAAUAUCACCUCUUCUACAUUUUUACCCAGAAGGCAAUUGGGGGUAGUUUUGUGUUACACAUGGACUUUGGGUUCUUUCAGGGAAGGGGAGGACUUACCAGUCUCAAACUAGAAGUGUGAACCCAGAUUUUGGGAAUUUAGGGUUAUAGUCAACCUCAAGGGAUGACUGUAGUCAACCUCAAAGGAUAGACUCUGACAGGUAAGUAAAGUUUUUCAGUGGAUUCAAAAGAAUGAAAACCAAACAUGGCAUUUAUAAUUUCUCUAAGGCUGUGAAUAACAUGCUCUGACAUGGUAUUAUCUGCUUCCCCGCUCCCAUUUCUACCAGCCCGAGACUUUGUGUGUGGUCUCUGGUCUGUCAGGCCGGUGAUCACUCUCAACCCUGAUUGCCAAGAACACGAAAUCUGAUUCCAUCUCUGACUACUACUAACUGCUCCCAAAGGCAGGUUUAUCCACUGAUCUUUAAUAAUCCAAAAAUACUUUGUAAUUGUCCCUUCCUUUGAAUCCUGAGUGUUUGUCUACAUACACUACAGCAGAUGUUACAUGUGUUAGGAUUAUAUGACAUAAUAGGAAAAGUUAAAGAAUCUUGGUUAGUCUGCAUUUUAUGCUAAUAAAAAUAAUGUUAGCUAUCAUUUAAAUUCCCUGGUCUCCCAAAUAUUGGCUCCCACAAAUCAGGAAUGCUAGUGAGCCUUAAAAUGUAUGACCAGGACUUUUCAUAGAGGCAAGAUUGGCAUUUAAAUUGUUUUUGCUGUGCCUGUGUAGAUAAGUGAAAUAAAUGCAGGUUAUCUACCAAGCUAAUGGCAUCAGAAUGAAUGCCUAGUGUGUGAGAUCACGGUAGAUGAAAGAAGUAUAAACAAAACAUGAUGCCUGCUCUUGAGAAGCUUACAGUUGAGUUUAAUAAUUCAGUUCAUUAAAUAUUUACUGAACUCCAUGCUGUGUCCCAGGGAUACGAAACCAAGAGAGCCUAUUGUUUGGUAGGGAAGCCGUGUAAACAAAUAAUUAACAGAAGCAUGAUAAGUGCAGUAAUAGAAUUGCUGUAAGAGAAUGUGGCCAGAAUUUAGGGGUAAAGAGUGAAUUUUUUAACAGAAUCCAGGAGAUAAUCUGAGUAAGGGAUACUUAUGCUGAGACCUAGAAAAUGAGUGUGCUGCUCAAGUAGAGGGAUUGGGAAAGACCUUGGCUAGUUAUAACUGAAAGGCCAGUAUGGCAGAGUGGUGGGCCAUGGAAAGGGUGAGAUGAGAGUAACAGAACAGGAGCCAAGAUCAUGCAAGACCUUAGUGACCUUGGUAGAGAUUUUGGGUUUAUUCUAAAUACUGUGGGAAACCAGUGAAAGGUUUUAUGUUUUUAAAAGAUCACUCUAGAAUGAUCUUUUUGGAAAAAGAUUAGAGACGAGCAGAAUAGGGGAGACUACUUUAGAAGACUUGCUUUGUUUUUCGUAAGAGGUGAUGAUGGGUUGGCCUUCAGUAAUACCAAUGGUGAUAAAGAAAAGUGGGCAGAAUUGAUACCAAUUUUAGAGAAAGAAUUAUAAACAAUUUGGAAAUGUGAUUGCAAGCGUGGAUGAAGCUUUAAGGGAGGAAUGACUCCCAGUUUCCGGGCUUCAGCGAUUAAGUAGGUGGAUUUGCUGUUUACUGAGAUGGAAAGGAAGCGGACUGGAGGAGGAGCAUAUUUGUUGGGGAAGAUCAAGAGUUCAGGGCACGUUUUAUGGAGGAGGUAAUUCUUAAAGUGGGUCAAACAAAACGUCAUAAAAAAGUAAGUACCUUAGUAAAGAAAUAUCUACUUUGAGCAUUGUGCUUUUUUAUUAAAGAAUUAUAUGGGAUCAAAUUGACAACAGCAGUAGGAAGCUUGGGGGCAGUGAGCUCAUGUUAAUGAAGGAACAAUUCAGAAAAGGGUGAGAAUGGUUGCACAGCUUGAAGAAUGUCACUGAAUUGUACAUGUAGAAAUUGUUGAUGUGUUGCUGUGUAUGCUUUCUGCAACAGUAAAAAAUGUUGCUUUUUUUUUUUUUUAAAGUAAUCACCAGUGUAGCCUUUAUGCUAGGAUCAAGAUGAAUAAUGGAAAUAUUAAGUGCUCUAAGAGUUGAACUGGAGGAGAGACCAGCGAUUACUAGGAAGGUUAGGAAAGGCUUCUUGGAAGACAUGGAACAUGAAGUUGCCUGUGAGAAUUAGCUGAUAGAUUAGUACAGGAAAGAAACCAUAUAAAAAAAAAUACUGCGAUAAAUAUGUUCUAUGAGUUUACUCAUAAGAACAGCUUAAGUAGAACUGUGAGGGGAUUGUAUCGAGAAAUGUUAGCUGCCAUCAAGUCAACCUUCAACUCAAGGUGAUGCAGUAUAUAACAAUGAAAUGCUGCCCGGUCCUGCGCCAUCCCCAUGAUCUGCUGCAGGUUGGAUCGUUUUGGUCCAUAGGGUUUUUGUUGGCUGAUUUUUGAAAGUAGAUCACCAGGCAUUUCUUCCUAGUUUGUCUUAGUGUGGAGCCUCCACUGACAGGUGUGUGGUGGCUGUGCAUGAAGUGUAUUAUGGGGAGAUAGCAUUUGAAAAGGGACCAGACUUGUUGGAGAGGGGUGCCCAGAGGCCCGACAGACAAGUGCAAUUGGCAACAGGUGGAAGUUGGCAUGUUAGGAUGGUUAAUCUGAUAUUUAUGUGUCGAACAAAUUGAAAUAUGGAAGAUUGGUUUUUGUUUUGUUUUUGGAAACUCUUGUGAUAGUACCAGCGUAGAAAUAAGGGCUUAGAUUGGACUUCUGAAUCCAGUGGGAAUGAAACAAAAAAUGAGCAGGGCUUAAGUUACUAUGGGGAUAAGGAGAGGAAGAAAUCAAAGUUAACUUUCAAGAGCUUAAACAAUUGGUAACUUGCCAAGAUGAUUUUUGGCAGAAGUAAAGUCAGAAACAGGACUGAUUGAGUUGGAGGAAGAAGUUUAAUUUUAUAUAUUUUGGGGGUGAGUUUCCAGUGGGGUGGAAUAUCUCAUGAAGAGCAUUGAGUCAGAGCAGUCCAGGCAUAUCUAUGACUUCAAACACUGUUUAAAAAAAACAAAAAAAACUUGGGCAAAAAGAAGCCAAGUUUCUAUAUAAACCCUCAGAUUGAGAGAUUCAAUAGCUAUGUUGAGAAGACAGAGAAACUGAUUGUUCUUAAUUCUUUACUAUAUGUGUGUAUUGUAUUGUACUUUCCCUUUCUUCCCCCUUAAUUUGAUUGAUCUGCAGAUAUUGUAAGUGGAGUUUUCUGUACUUCAAGGACAACUCCUUUGAUCACCAUUACUUUGUAUGGGAUUGUACCAUUUAUUCUUUUUUCUUUGAGUCUUGCCCCUUACUGCGCUCUCCAACAUCCCCUUCCUUUUUAAAUCUUUUAAACAAGUGUGGGGAGAAGAUGGGUUUUAGACACUUUCACUUUAAAAACCUGUUGAGUUUGAGAUGAUAGUUUUUCUUGCGUAAGGAAUGCUGAAUUAUCCCCUGAAGCCUGAUGAACGCAGUUGCCUCAGUCAAAACCUUUGACUUUGGUCAUGCAUUCUUUCUUUGAUGUCCAUCCUAAUCUUGAGAUUCUAGAACCUAGUAGCCUUUAUCUGCUGACCAGAUGGGUGACUGUCCUUAAAGCUUUAGUCAUGUUCUCACUGUUUGACUGCCGUGCUUUGGAGAAAAAAAAAUGCUUGGCGGGUGGGAACUUCCUCCUUUAAGAGCUGAAGAGUUGGCUACCUUCCAUCCCUUUGUCUUAGCAUCUUCUCACUCCUUCCUACAGGGAUCCAUAUGGCUUUGGAGACAGUCGAGAUUCGAGGCAUGAUCGCUCCCCAAUUCGAGGAAGUCCAAGGAGAGAGCCCAGGGAUGGCAGAAAUGGCCGGGAUGCCCGGGACACCCGAGACAUGCGGGACCCCCGGGACAGCAGAGACAUGCGAGACCACAGACAUGAGAGACUCCCGAGAUCCCAUGUACAGGAGAGAAGGCUCUUACGACCGAUACCUGCGCGUGGAUGAUUAUUGCAGGAGGAAGAGUGACUCUUACUUUGACCGUUACAGAGAUAGCUAUGAUGGGCGAGGCCCUCCAGGCCCAGAAAGUCAGUCUCGUACAAAAGAGCGUUUGAAACGUGAGGAACGGCGUAGGGAAGAGCUUUAUCGUCAAUAUUUUGAUGAAAUCCAGAGACGCUUUGAUGCUGAGAGGCCUGUCGAUUGUUCUGUGAUUGUGGUCAACAAGCAGACUAAAGAUUAUGCUGAAUCUGUGGGGCGGAAGGUGCGAGACCUAGGCAUGGUGGUGGACUUGAUCUUCCUCAACACAGAGGUGUCACUGUCACAAGCCUUGGAGGAUGUCAGCAGGGGAGGGUCUCCUUUUGCUAUUGUCAUCACCCAGCAACACCAGAUACACCGCUCCUGCACAGUCAACAUCAUGUUUGGAACCCCACAAGAGCAUCGCAACAUGCCCCAGGCAGAUGCCAUGGUGCUGGUGGCCAGGAAUUAUGAGCGCUACAAGAAUGAGUGCCGGGAGAAGGAACAUGAAGAAAUUGCCAGACAGGCAGCCAAAAUGGCUGAUGAGGCCAUCAUACAAGAAAGGGAGCGAGGAGGCCCCGAGGAGGGAGUGCGAGGAGGGCACCCUCCAGCCAUCCAGAGCCUCAUCAACCUGCUGGCAGACAACAGGUACCUCACUGCCGAAGAGACUGACAAGAUCAUCAACUACCUGCGAGAGCGGAAGGAGCGGCUUAUGAGGAGCAGCACCGACUCUCUGCCUGGUGAGCUACGUGGCAGGGCCGAGGCACGAUUUCCCGCCAGCCACUCGGGGCGACCUCGGGUGCCUCACUGAAGACACAGCCAAGCUCCCAACCCCUCCAGAGCGGCCAAGCUCUCCCCUCUGCUCCACCCACUCCAGCUGUAACCUCCACCUCCCAGCAAGAGCUUCAGGCCAAAAUCCUCAGCCUCUUCAAUAGCGGCACGGUUGCAGCCA